AUGUCUAUGAAAGGUUCUAAGAAUAUGCUAUCACCACUUGUCGGGAAUAUUUAUAAUAAUGUAUAUGAUCAUAAGGAAUUAAAAAUGAAAUCAAUUAACGAACAGAACAAUAUGGGUAGCAAUAAUUAUAAUAUUAAUUAUGUAAAUAAUAAUAAUUCGACACUUUCUAAUAAUAAUCAUAGUAAACAAAACUUAUGCUAUAAUAACUUUUCAUCCCAUAGUCCAAGCAUAAAUAAGGAUAGUAUACAUGAAGAAAAAAAAAAUAAUUUUUAUGAACAGCACAAUUAUAUUGAUGAAAAUGCAACACAUCAUACUAUGGAAGAAGAGAAUUAUAAAAAUUUUAAAAAUUCUAAAAAUUAUGAACAUACUAUCGAUGAAGACGUAAUGCAAAAUGAAUAUUCCAAUAUUAUAAAGGACAAUCAUCUCAAAAAAAAAAAAAAAAAAAAAAAUAUUCACCAUUUAAAUAAUAAAGAUAUUAAUAAUACAAAUCUUAAUUAUGAAACAAAUGAACAAGUCCUUAUCGAUUUACCUAAAAAUCAUCUACUUAACAAAUUAACCACAUCCAUUAUACACAGUAUUAAUCCACAUUUAAUUUCUGAGUAUACUCAUGAGGAUAUUACAAAAAGAACAAAUAAAAUAUCCACUUUGAAGAAAAAAAAAAAAAAAAAAAAAAAUGAAAAGGAAGAAAUAUAUGAAAGUGAUGUUGAUAAUACAAAUGGUGAGGAUAAUACAAAUGAUGUGGAUAACACAAAUGAUGAGGAUAAUACUAAUGAUGAGGAUAAUACAAAUGAUGGGGAUAAUGAACAAAUACAUUAUCAUAAACAAUUUGAUGAUCAAAUACAAAAACAAAAGAAUAAACAGAAUAAACAAAAAAAAGAAUAUAAAGAGUUUGAUGUUUAUGAAACAAAGGGAUAUAUUCCAUUGUCCAAUGAGCAUAAACAAAAUAAAAGUGUUUGUUUUCUUGAUAAUCAUGUUAAGUAUUAUACCCAGCAAAAUAAUGUACCAUAUGAAAAAAAUAUCAUAUAUGAAAAUAAUUUAAAUGAUCAUCAAGCACAUUCUUAUUAUAAUAACACGUUAAAUCAAUUUACACCAAAUUCAGAUAUACUAAAUUAUAAUAAUUAUAUAAAUAAGGAGUAUAUCCAAGGAAUUUAUAAUACAAAUAAUUAUAACAUAAAACAAGAUUCUGUUUAUGAACCUAAUGAACAAGUUAUGUUUAUGUCACCACAAGAAGAAAAAUAUAUAUAUAUGAAUGCAUCACCAAACAAUAUAAUUCGAAAUAAUGACAUGGUUUUCUAUUCCGGUCAACUUGAUAAUGAACAAAUGAAUAUUAAUAUAAAUAAUAAUAAUAAUAUAAACAAUAAUGAUAAUAAUAUUAAUAGUAGUAGUAGCGUUAACGAUGGAUGCUUUAAUUUACAUUUAAAUAAUAUGAAUAAUAUUUUUAAUACAUGUACCAACACACAAAAUAAACAAAAAACACAUAAAAGCUUCUUCUGUAAUUCUAGUGCAAAAAAUGUAAUAAAUAAUGAGAAUAAUGUAAAAAAUAACAAAACAGAAAUAUUAAUAUAUAAAAAUGACAAAACGAAUAAUUAUCAGAAUAAUAACCAAACCAAACAAAACAUUCAAAGUAAUAAUCAUUAUAAUAAUAAUAAUAAUAAUAAUGGUAAUCAUAUAAAUAAAUUUCGUUUCUUUACACCUACUAGCAACAAUGUAUUUGUAAGAACACGCUCCUUAACUCCUAAUACUUAUCAAAAAAAAAAAAAAAAUUCCUUCUUUGCAUGUUCUCCUCUCAAAGAUAUUAAUUUGAACAGGCAAAAAUCGUUACCCCCUCAAUUAUAUACAACACAAGAUAUUACUCAACCCAUUUACACUCACGAUAUUUCUUAUAAUUUAUCUAAUAAAAAUAAUAUAAUACAAAAUGACCCUUAUAAUAAUAUUCAAAAUAUUACCACCACUUUGUCAUACCCACUUGUCAACUCAAAUUUUGUUCAUCUGUAUCCUUACCAAAAUUCUAAUACAAAUAAUCAAAUAAAAAAAAUAGAAAAUUUCAAUGUUUCCAAAAAUUACAUGAACGAGUCAUCUACACAAACUUCUACCGAAACAUCUAGCAAAUCGUCAAAAGACACCUCCCUCUGGAAUACUCAAAUUCAUUUAUUAAAUGAAAAAAUAAAAAAUAUGAAAACUAAAAUGGAAAAUAUAACCAAAGAAAAAAACGAAGUAAACGAAUUGUGCAAAAUGUACAAGAAUGAAUGCGGACGAUUGAGAGAACUGCUUGUAAAGGAAAAUUAUGACAAGUACAAGGUGCUUCCUAUUUGUAGCAUCGAUUAUGAAGAAGUGAAUUUAAAAUUAGAAAAAGAAAAUGAGAAAUUAAGAAAGCAAAUGGAAGCUUUAGGAAAAACCAUUUUAGCUAGCGAUGAUAUAAAUAGUAUAAAAAAGAAUUUAGCCAAGCAUAUAGUACAUUUAAAUGAAGAGAAUGAAAAAUAUAGAAAUGAAAUAAAAUUAUUGAAGAAGAACAAAGAUAUAAAUAAUCAAAUAUUAUUUACAUUAAACAAAACAGAGAUUUCAUCUGAUAUGAUAGAUAGUUUAUUUAUGCAAACAAAAAAUGUUAUUAUACAGGGACAUGAGAAUAUUAACGUGUUUUAUUUUAAUGUGAAAAACUUGGUCCAGCAAUUUUUGGAAAAAAUAAAAUAUAUCAUUAUGGAAAACGAAUACACAAAAAAAGAGAAAUUGAAAUAUGUUGUCGAUUUGGAAGAUAUAAUUAAGAAAAACUUUCAAGAGAUAAGUCAUACAGUUAUCAAUAUUAAUGACCUACGAAAGAAUAUGAAAAAUAUUAGAGCUCAGGUUUUUGAUGUAGAUAGAGUAAACCCUGAAUGUUUUUGUAAACCUUCAAGAGCCAUUCUAGAAAAUGACAUUAAACAAUUAGAAGAGGUGUUACACAAACAUUUUAUUUUACUGAAAAAUUUGAGAAAAAAAAACUUGUCCCUAAAUCUGAAUAAUCUAUAUGUUCAUUUUAAUAAUGAGGAUGAUCAGAAUGCAUACUCUCACGAGUCCUUUAACAUUCCUUCCGAAGAAUUUCAAAUGAAUAAGACUUAUGAUAAUCCAGAGACAAAUAUAAAUGUGCAUCAAAAAAAAAAUGUAUCUUCUAAAAAUUUGUAUGAAGCACAAAAGAAAAACAAUACGUCUGAUGUUACAAAUACAAAAAUUGAAGGAGUUGAAAAAGAUAAAAAAGAAAAGGAAUCAUAUGAAGAAAAAAACGAUAAGAUGAAUACAACUAGUGAAGAGAAUAAUAUUUUAGUAGGUGAAAAUACAAAAGUUGAUGAUAUAUUUCAUGAGAAAUUACACGAAAAGAUAAAAAUAAUUGAAGAGCAACUAAAAUCCUUAAAUAACCAUAUAUAUUGUAGUAUGAGUGAAAGUGAAGAAGAUGACAACGUAACAAAAAACAUCAAGAAAAAUAACGACCUUAUGGUUUGCAAAAUAAAGAAUAAUUUUAAAGAUAAAAACACCUGUCCUCAUAUAAGAAAAGAAAGUUUAAGUAAAUAUGAAACCAAAACAAAAAAAGAAAAUCUAAAUCAUAAAUCGAUUAAGAAACAAGAAAGUAUCCAUUCAAAGAAUUCCUCUUCUUAUUCUUCUGAAAUAUCGUCUUCGUGCGAAAAAACGGAUGAUAUGUUAUCGAAUGAAAAAGAUGACUUCAAUAAUGAUGAUGAGGUUGAAAAGAGCAAGAAUAAAAUGAUUGAACUACUAGCUCUUUUAAAAGGAAAACACAACGAAGACUUGGUUGAAAAUACGAAAGAACACAUAAAUUCAUUUGGACAUGAUCAAUGGGAGAAUAAUUACAAUUUGAAAAAAAUUUAUAAUAAUUUAAAGGCUAUAAAAAAUACCAUUAAAAACACUGAGGAUGACACAGAAAAAAACAUUUUAGCAUUGAUUGAAUCCCAAGCGAAUGAUAUCAAAAUAUUUGGAAAUUGUAUUGAUGAUUUAAAAAGUACUGUAGCACAAUAA